CCCCGCCGGGGAAGCGGAAGGAGAAGCAGCGGAAGCGGCGGAUGGUAGGGUCGGGUUUGGUCCGGUCCGGGUCCAGUCCGGUCGGGGUUGCCGCUUGGCGGCUGUGCGAGGAUGGAGCUGGGAGGUGGCCGGAGCUGGUAAUUUGAGUGACUACCUAGCAUGGACACUGUUGCUAGCCACAGCUGUCAUCUUCUCCAGCAGCUUCAUGAGCAGCGCAUUCAGGGUCUUCUCUGUGACUGCAUGCUGGUGGUAAAAGGUGUCUGCUUCAAAGCACACAAAAAUGUAUUAGCUGCUUUCAGUCAAUAUUUCAGGACCCUUUUCCAGAAUUCUUCAGGACAGAAGAAUGAUGUCUUUCACUUGGACAUUAAAAAUGUAGGUGGGAUUGGCCAGAUCUUGGACUUCAUGUACACCUCUCACCUGGACCUUAGCCAGGACAACGUCCAAGCCAUGCUGGAUAUUGCGCAGUGUCUCCAAGUGCAAAACGUGCUGAACAUUUGCCACACUUUUCUAAAAUCUUCCACAGCAGCAGAGCAGCCAGCCAGCAUGCCCUGUAAUGGUGUGUUCUCUCUGCAGAAUACUUUGCCUGCAGGUGCUAGCUGUGCCAGUGACAGCUAUGGAGCAAACCUGUUGCCUGAGUGCUCAUCAUCUGACACACCAGCUAACAAAGCCUUGGUUGAGCACCAUUCCCACCCAUCACCAUCUUCCAACCUUCAAGCACCCUCAGGUGAUGGACAGAAACCCCCACAAGACUCCUUAGAUGGCAGCUGCCCAGAGAUUCCAUUUAAACAACCAAAUUACUACUACAAGCUACGUAACUUUUACAGCAAGCAGUUCUAUAAGCAGAAUGCUUGCUCCAACCACGAGAGAGUGGCUGAACAGUCCUUUUCUUACAACACACCCACAGAAAUCAACGCAGUGGAGAAUAGUAAUUCUUGUGCUGUCAACCCCUCAGAGUGUAUUCUGGAAACUUCUGAGCAUUUACCAUCAAAUUUUCUGGUUCAGUCUGUGAACGAAGCUGCCCCAGACCAAGAUGCAGAGAGCACACUUACCCAGCCCAGCAAACAGAUGAGGCUGAAAAAGGCAAUACACCUAAAAAAAUUAAAUUUUCUAAGGUCUCAGAAAUCUGCAGAGCAGCCCCCUGAGCCUAAAGGAGAUGACAGUAGGGUAACAGGGGUCAUUGCAAAUGGAAGUACCUUGGAUGUGGCACAUGUUCGAGUUGCUGAAGAAAAAGAAGCUGAAGAUUUAGUGAAUCCUGAGAAUUUUGAACAAACUGUUGAAAUAGAAAGAUCUCAAGGCCCUUUGGAACAAGAAGGGCAAUCACAGACUCUCCAGUCACAGAGGCAAUAUACUUGUGAAUUAUGUGGGAAGGCUUUCAAACAUCCAAGCAAUUUGGAGCUCCACAAAAGGUCUCAUACAGGUGAGAAACCUUUUGAAUGUAACAUUUGUGGGAAACACUUCUCACAGGCAGGUAAUCUCCAGACACAUUUACGUCGACAUUCUGGGGAAAAGCCAUACAUCUGUGAAAUCUGUGGGAAAAGAUUUGCUGCCUCUGGUGAUGUUCAGCGUCACAUUAUUAUUCACUCUGGGGAAAAGCCUCAUCUGUGUGACAUUUGUGGCAGAGGAUUCAGUAACUUCAGUAAUUUAAAGGAGCACAAGAAGACCCAUACAGCAGAUAAAGUAUUCACCUGUGAUGAAUGUGGGAAAUCAUUCAACAUGCAAAGAAAAUUAGUGAAGCACAGAAUUAGGCAUACUGGGGAGAGACCAUACAGCUGCUCAGCAUGUGGGAAGUGUUUUGCAGGCUCUGGUGACCUCCGUAGGCACGUGAGGACUCAUACAGGGGAAAAGCCCUACACGUGUGAGACUUGUAACAAGUGUUUCACACGUUCUGCUGUCCUGAGGAGGCACAAGAAGAUGCACUGCAAAGCCGCCGACGAAGCUCCAAACGCGCUUGACGAAUUCACCCAAGGGCCUGAAACUUCCGACCUUGAAAAAUCUCAAAGUUCUGACUCUUUUGGCCAAGAAAUGUCUGUCACGUUGUUACCAGUGUCUGUUAAGUUCCCCCUUCGUCCAACUGGAAAUCCAGGUGAAUUUGACAGCUCUGUGGAUUCUUACUGCAAGCUGCGCUCCGCGGUACCGCACCACGAGGCGGCCAACCCACAGAAACUGAACGUGGGCUCUGCUAAACUCCCAAAAGCUCAGCCCCAGCAAACUCCAGCACCACCCCCCUAUGCUUACACUGAUGUAGAUGUGUCUGCUGCAGAAGAACCCUUACAACCUGACCAGAUGCCCAUGAUUCGUUCCUCACUGGUCAGCCUGGACAACAGUCACUGCACCGACCCGCUGGGCAACCGCGCAUCAGCUGCCACCUACAAGAGUAAUGAGGGACCCUUCUUCUCCAGCAUGACCCUCUGGGGUUUAGCCAUGAAAACCUUGCAGAAUGAAAGUGAAAUGGAACAGUGAGGACUUGGGGGAACUGUAGCAAAACUUCUUCAGGGCUUUUCAUGCUCAAGUGACAGCAGCGUGGAGAGAUCACCACGAGUUUUUAAGCCAUUUAGCUGGCGUGCUGGUAGAAAUCAAGAUGUGUGUGCCCAGAGCCCCCAGUGUAGGCUGCCUCAAAACUGCUCCUCAACAGAGUUCAGAUCUAAUUUUGGGGGACUUUUGUUGUUCUGCCUGCCCUGUGUAGCUCAUGUGUUGCCAUGACUGACUAAAAUUUGCCAUUUACUGGAUUUACUGUUCCGCGUGGUGUUUCUGACCAUGGAAGGAGGGAUGGCCCAACGCCUGAUUUCAGGGCAAGGGUGGAAUUCCAAGUUGUGUAUUCCAAGCAAUUCAGAGUUGUGUAAAGGUGUAGAUAUGAAAUUAGGAAAAAAACAGAUCCCUAGUGAGCUUCAGUCUCAGUAGUGGCUUUCCUUACCAGUAGGAUCAUUGGUUUACAUAACUUGAGUAUUGUGAUAUUAAAUUUAAAUGUUAAAUACUGGACAAUAUUUGUGAUAGUGCAAAGUAACUGUAUAUCUAGAAACUUUAUUUUUUUACAAUAAAAGCUUUUUUUUUUUAGUCUUUUAUAAACUAUUUUGCACAGCAGAUUAUUUGUACAUUGAAGACGAAGAUCAGGAAAUGGAAAUAAAGGGAAGUUGGUUUACA